AUCAUUCGUUCCUAAUUUUUUUUGGCGACAUAAACAUUAGGUGAUCACCUUAAUAAAUUUUUGGAAAUUUUUAAAAUUUUCCCUAUUUAAAGACACCAACCCAAUCCCUCUUCUCACCUCCCUCACUGCCUCCUCCCUCUCGGUCCCUGUUCUUGCCAGAUUAGCAGUAGCAGCCAUGGCUCUCCUCAGUGAUCUCAUCAACCUCGAUCUCAGUAAUACCACUGACAAGAUCAUAGCUGAAUAUGUUUGGAUCGGCGGAUCAGGCAUGGACUUGAGGAGCAAAGCAAGGACUUUGCCUGGACCAGUGACCGACCCUGCAAAACUCCCCAAAUGGAACUACGAUGGUUCCAGCACAGACCAAGCUCCGGGAGACGAUAGCGAAGUCAUCCUAUACCCUCAAGCGGUAUUCAAGGAUCCCUUUAGAAGAGGAAACAACAUCUUGGUGAUGUGCGAUACUUACACGCCAGCCGGCGACCCCAUUCCCACCAAUAAGCGAUUCAAUGCUGCCAAGAUCUUUAGCCACUCGGAUGUUGCUGCUGAGGAGCCAUGGUAUGGGAUUGAGCAAGAGUACACUCUCCUUCAGAAGGACGUUAAGUGGCCUCUUGGAUGGCCUGUUGGAGGAUUUCCAGGACCACAGGGCCCUUAUUACUGUGGGGUAGGAGCUGACAAGUCCUUUGGCAGAGACAUUGUGAACUCCCAUUACAAGGCUUGCCUUUAUGCUGGCAUUAACAUCAGUGGAAUCAACGGGGAGGUGAUGCCUGGUCAGUGGGAAUUUCAAGUAGGACCAUGUGUUGGGAUUCAUGCGGGAGAUCAAUUGUGGAUUGCCCGAUACAUUCUCGAGCGAAUCACUGAAAUUGCUGGAGUGGCUCUUUCUUUCGACCCCAAACCAAUACCGGGUGACUGGAACGGUGCAGGGGCUCACACCAACUACAGCACAAAGUCCAUGAGAAAUGAUGGCGGCAUCCAUGUGAUCAAGAAGGCCAUUGAGAAGCUCGGUUUGCGCCACAAGGAGCACAUUGCUGCCUAUGGAGAGGGUAACGAGAGACGCCUAACAGGUCGUCAUGAGACUGCAGAUAUCAAUUCGUUCUCUUGGGGCGUUGCAAACAGGGGAGCCUCCAUCCGUGUUGGCCGUGACACUGAGAAGGCAGGAAAAGGUUACUUCGAAGACAGAAGGCCCGCAUCCAACAUGGAUCCCUACGUUGUGACAUCAAUGAUCGCUGAAACCACCAUUCUCUGGAAGCCUUAGAGGUGGAAACAGGUGCUUUGGAAGUUGAGAAGGAAACAGCUACAUAAGAUUAACAAUCUAUAUCAUAAUCCUCUCAUCUUCUUUGUUGGGCGAGUGGGUGAACUUGUUUUUGUUGCUUUGAAUUGCUGGGAUUGGCAUUCAAUGUGUUGUUCUGCUUUUAGUUAGUCAUUUGCUUUCUGCUGAUUGAUCGAACAAACGACCUUAUUGGUCUCUUAAAUAAAAAAGGUAGUUGAUUUGAAUUA